GCAUGUUAGAGACGGAGACGCCACUGUUCGCCUUCUUAUCUACAAGAGACCGAGGCCCUCGCGUGGCUUCAUGACACACAAUCCACAAUCCACAACGAUAUAAAGCCCGGGAACCUUCUUAUUGCUCCAAGCAGCGUUGCAGGCGGCUACCCGGAUCUCAAGCUGGGCGACAUUGGACUCGCUCACCUCCGAACUGCCGACAAUGACGAAUACGAGUGGGGUUCUGGUACCUACACCUACCAACCCCCGGAAUCACUUCGCUCAAGAAAAGAGUCCGACAUCUGGGCUCUGGGCGCGGUCCUGCACUUUCUCGCCCACUGGUAGCCCCCAUGCGAACUAGUCGACUCCAAGUUCACGGAUAUUUCGGAUAUUGAAAUGAGACUGGCUGCGAAGAAGGACGCGAAACGAAACGCGGCGAGGGUGGCGAAGCCUAUCAUCGGUCUGGGGCUACUCUACCAAACUUGACCAAGCAAUGCAACAGACGUUGUCCCCGGUGCCUUUAAAUCGAUCCUCAGCAUCCAAAUUUCUCGAACUCAUCCGACCACAUGCGCCCGAUGCGGAAUACAUGAUCGCUCACCCUUUACCGGAGUGGGUGAUGGUAAAAAUGGAGAUGUUCAACUCAUGGGAACUGCACAAAGAAAAGGGUAUCAAAAUCGAAGCAGACCCCUUCGUGAAAGAGCCCUUGGAGAUGAAGCCACUCGCUACACGUUGGUAUCAGUGUGGCAGUGUGUUCUUCAUCUUUGUCGUUAUGUUGUAUCUUGUUUUCACACAUUCGCAUAAGGAUGUGUCCUGAGCUGUCCGCUUUUAUCUUCAAUUACUAUCCUCUCAUUGGAAUAGUGAUUCUUUUUUUGGAGAAGUCUUCCGAUCUCCUCGCCACGGCUACUGUUUAUGUAUACUGCUGGCUCUCGUCUCAUAUAUUUCCUGGUUGAGUUAGUGUAGUGUUCUUUCUCUAUACAUUCGCGAAUUGAAACAACAAUUGACCA